AGAAGAAAAGUUUUGGAAGUCCGGCCCAUGAUUUGUCUGGAUUGAAAUGUAAGCCUGUCUCCCCUGCUAUCAGGAAACACAUCGCGGAUUUGUCCUUCUCACUACUAUCGUUAGUUCGGUUAACACAGUACCCGUGGCCGGAGGAGAGCGAGGAUUUGUUCUCCCCUAGACAGGUUUCCGGACACCAGCGAAACUGGACUCGGAACUGGACGGAAGGCGUAACUCCGAGAUCCCAAUAAUAAUUUGUGGACUAAACGCAAUGGAGCCAGCCUUUGGAGAGGUGAACCAGCUCGGCGGGGUUUUUGUCAACGGCAGACCGCUUCCCAACGCAAUCCGGCUGCGGAUUGUAGAGCUCGCCCAGCUGGGCAUCAGGCCUUGCGACAUCAGCAGACAACUCCGGGUCUCCCACGGCUGCGUCAGCAAGAUACUGGCCCGGUACAACGAGACCGGCUCUAUACUCCCGGGAGCGAUCGGGGGCAGCAAACCACGGGUCACCACGCCUACAGUGGUCAAGCACAUACGGACAUACAAGCAGAGGGACCCGGGUAUCUUCGCCUGGGAGAUCCGGGACAGGCUACUGGCUGACGGAGUUUGUGACAAGUUCAAUCUACCAUCUGUGAGCUCCAUCAGUAGGAUCCUCCGCAACAAGAUUGGGAAUCUGUCCCAGCAGAGCCAGUAUGAGUCCAGCAAGCAGUCGUCUCACCCACCACCACAACCAACGCUACCAUACAACCACAUAUACUCGUAUCCGACCCCCAUCGGAGCCUCUGGGACCAAAGUACCAACUCCCCCGGGCAUGCACUCCCUACCUGGACACAUGGCUAUGCACAGGAUAUGGCCCUCCUCCCACUCGGUAACAGAUAUUCUGGGGAUUCGGUCGAUAACAGAGCAACAAAUUAGUGACAAUUCGUCCUUUCCCAGUGGCAAACUAGAAGAAUGGAGCGUUAUAAACAGGACACAUUUUCCGCCGUCAGCAAGCUCUCCACUAGUCAAUGGCGUGCAGGAUGAUAAACCACCGCAUUCUAUAGAACCUGAAGCAAAAUACAAACAGACGCAGAGUGGCUUGCCCACAGUGAACAGUUAUGUCACAGCGCCCAGCAUCCCAGCCUACCACCCUCCCACCCCAGUGUCGCCCUACAUGGGGUACAGCGCCACCACGUCGGCCUAUGUGACCGGUCCCACAUGGCAGCCGCACAGUGGCAGUGCUCUCUAUCACCACAGCUGUGACAACAUCACCGCUCCACUGGCCUUCAAGGGUAUGACAGCCCACCACCGUGACGCCAUUCACCCCCAUGCCCACCCCAUCACGGCCUCAGCACUGUAGAACACAGACAGACGGGCCGGUCGGACGGAUGGACGGACGGAGAGACAGAGGGAAGAAGAGGGGGAGCAGGACAGACGGACGGGCGGAUGGAGAUAAAAGAGGAGGGAGGGAGGAAGGAAGGAGAUAAGGAGCAGGACAGAAGGAGAAAUGGAGAGACAAGUCCUCCUUUACCAUGGGUCUGGAGCCAGCUCAUUACACUCAACUCUUCCGUAUUUAUAUGGUGACCUCACCUAGGCCCCAUAGCCAUCACAACAUUCUCUUCCAUACCAAAGACAUGGUGACCUCACCUAGGCCCCAUACCCAUCACAACAUUCUCUUCCAUACCAAAGACAUGGUGACCUCACCUAGGCCCCAUACCCAUCACAACAUUCUCUUCCAUACCAAAGACAUGGUGACGUCACCUAGGCCCCAUACCCAUCACAACAUUCUCUUCCAUACCAAAGACAUGGUGACCUCACCUAGGCCCCAUACCCAUCACAACAUUCUCUUCCAUACCAAAGACAUGGUGACCUCACCUAGGCCCCAUACCCAUCACAACAUUCUCUUCCAUACCAAAGACAUGGUGACGCUCACCUAGGCCCCAUACCCAUCACAACAUUCUCUUCCAUACCAAAGACAUGGUGACCUCACCUAGGCCCCAUACCCAUCACAACAUUCUCUUCCAUACCAAAGACAUGGUGACCUCACCUAGGCCCCAUACCCAUCACAACAUUCUCUUCCAUACCAAAGACAUGGUGACGUCACCUAGGCCCCAUACCCAUCACAACAUUCUCUUCCAUACCAAAGACAUGGUGACCUCACCUAGGCCCCAUACCCAUCACAACAUUCUCUUCCAUACCAAAGACAUGGUGACCUCACCUAGGCCCCAUACCCAUCACAACAUUCUCUUCCAUACCAAAGACAUGGUGACCUCACCUAGGCCCCAUACCCAUCACAACAUUCUCUUCCAUACCAAAGACAUGGUGACCUCACCUAGGCCCCAUACCCAUCACAACAUUCUCUUCCAUACCAAAGACAUGGUGACGUCACCUAGGCCCCAUACCCAUCACAACAUUCUCUUCCAUACCAAAGACAUGGUGACCUCACCUAGGCCCCAUACCCAUCACAACAUUCUCUUCCAUACCAAAGACAUGGUGACCUCACCUAGGCCCCAUACCCAUCACAACAUUCUCUUCCAUACCAAAGACAUGGUGUGGAGAACUCAAGUUAAACGCACAGUUAAAAACAGGACAUGGAAGGGAAACCUUGCCACACUAUCUACAGACAUGACACUGGUCUGUGGCCCUGCAGAAAGCUGGCAGGACAGGUGUAUUGAAGGACUGACUGGCUGUUUCUCAUAUUACCAUGGCGGAAAUUGUGCCAUUCUCAUCAAGAACUUGCCUCUUAAACCCAUUUCUGCACACUUCUCUGCAAAUGUUAUUAGGGACAGGAGCUAAAAUACUGUAUGACAAUCACAACCAUGAGGAAAACAACGUUUGCAUUUAAGUGUUUCAGGGGUGAUAUCAAUUGGUAUUGUUUGGGUUGUUUGUAUUUUUCUUUUUUGUUUAUUAUUUUGAUAAAAUGUACGAUCUUAAUAUUGAACAUUGUUUUUUCACUUCUCGACUUAAAUGUAUGCCAAAGCUUCGGAGAAGUUAUCUUCAUGUUUAUUUAUUAGACUGACUAAAAGGUACUAGGGUUGAACGAAGUACAAUCACUACAUCAGAAGGCCACGGUGGAAACAGUAUAGGCCUAUCUGGAUGUUCCCAACACACUUUGACAGCAUUAGUCUUCUGCCUAAUGUUUGAAACUACAUUAUGAUAAAAACAGUACAGCUGCACAGGUCCAAUCUAUCCACAAUGAAAUUGAAUGUAUCUUAAUUAAAGGAAAUUGUUUGGAUUUUA